AUCAAAAUCUUGACAAGUUAAGAGAUGUACCACUACUAUUUCUUGAAAACAAAGCUAUAAAAAGGGUCAAAGCAACCAAGUCAUUAGGGGUACAUAUUGAUGAAAGACUAACAUGGCAUGAACAUAUUCAAAAUAUUUUAAAAAAAGUAGGUGCUGGAAUUUCAGGUUUACGGCGG